CCGGGCCUUUGAGGGAAAAUGAAAGUGAAAGGAAGAAGAGACUUGGUAGGGGAGAUCGCAGCACCAUGAAGCCUCUGCCUCUGCUCGUGGCCGUGGCACUGGGCCUGGCGACCGUCGUCUCGGCUGGACCAGAGGCGAUCGAGUGCUGGUUCGUGGAGGAUGCAGGUGGGGGUGGCUUGUCCAAGAAACCUGCCGCAUUGCUACUGCGCCAUGGACCCAGGGGACCACCGCCCCGGCCAGAUCUUGACCCUAAGCUAUACUUCAAGGUGGAUGACCCCGCGGGAAUGCUCCUGGCUGCUUUCAGGCGGUACCCCGCAGGCGCCCCCACCCCACACUGCGAGUUGAGCUGCUUCAUCCCGUUCCCCGCCUCGGCGAAGUGGGCUAGAGGUCUGAUUCCGCAGCGGAGCUGCCCGCGGGCCCUGGACGGGGAUUGGCUGCAGGUCAGCGUAUCCAGCUCAGUCUUCAGCCUCUCCAGCCUGCUGAGAUCACAGCUGGAGCCUCAGCAGGAGCCUGUCCUCAUCACCAUGACAACAGCGGUGCUGACUGUCCUCACCCACAGCCCCGCCCCUCGAGUCCAACUGGGAAAGGAUGCAGUGCUGGACCUGAGCUUUGCCUACGCGCCGCCCGCUCUGGAAGAUGGUCCUUCUCUGGCCGCAGGUCCUCCUCCCUUCGGGCUGGAGUGGCGACGCCAGCACAGGGGAAAGGGUUACCUGCUGCUGGCUGCAACUCCUGGGCUGGCUGGGCAAAUGCCACCAGCCCAGGAAAAGGCUGCAGCGUUUGCUGCUUGGGACGAUGAUGAGCCCUGGGGGCCGUGGACUGGGAACGGGACCUUCUGGCUGCCUGCCGUGAAGCCUUCUCAGGAGGGCGUCUACCUGGCUACUGUACACCUGCCCUAUCUGCAAGGACAGGUCUCCCUGGAGCUGACUGUGCACAAGCCCCCCAGAGUGUCUCUAACACCGGCACCCCUUGUGUGGGCUGCCCCAGGAGAGUCACCCCCAGAACUGUUCUGUCUUGCGUCCCACUUCUACCCUGCGGAGGGCCUGGAGGUGAAAUGGGAGCUCAGAGGUGGCCCAGAAGGAAGUUCUAGAAAGGUUGAGGGAAAGACGUGGCUCUCCACCGUCCGACACCAUUCCGAUGGCUCUGUCAGCCAGUCUGGGCACUUGCAGCUACCCCCAGUCACUGCCAAGCAGCAUGGAGUUCGCUAUGCCUGUCAGGUGCACCACCCUAGCCUGCCAGCAUCCGGGCGCAGUGCUGAAGUCACCCUGGAGGUGGCAGGCUUCUCCGGGCCCUCAGUCGAGGACAGCGUAGGCCUGUUCCUGUCUGCUUUUCUCCUUCUGGGAUUCAUCAAGGCACUAGGCUGGCUGGCUGCCUACCUGAUGAUGCCUGGAGUCUCAAAGGAGAAGGUCACGCCUGCCAGCCUGACCCUUCCCAGAGAGUCAAAGAAGUCGCAGUAAUGACACUGGAAGCCACCCUCAUCUCAGGCCCAAAUGAUUCCAAUAGCUCCUGCACAGAAGAGCAUCCCACUCUGGCCCAAAUGAUGCCAGUUGCUUCUACCCAGAACAGCAUCCUUCAUAGCCUCUUUUACUCCCUCCGCUGAAUGGCUUGGAUUAGUCGGGUUUU